AUGGACUAAUGUAAUGUAAGAGACUGAGACGGACGUUUCUGUGUUAAGUGUAUAUUGUAACUUAUUUUUUUUUAUUUAAAUUUAUUUAUUGUUUAAAGCCUUUUUUUUUCAUUAAGAAUAUCCUUCUCCAGAAUUAAUUUAAAGAUAAAAAACAAAUAUACACACAAAUGAACGUAUAAAAUGAGUUCUAUUCAACAAACUGGUAGAUUCCUGCCGUUUACUAAUAACAGCAGCAAUAUACAGCGUAAGCAGUUGUCGACUCAAGGAGCAUUACCACAAAGUUUGAGCGGAAGUGAUACCGACGUAUCAACAUCCAAUGAAAAUUUAAGCAAUGAGGAGAGAUACGUUAUAAGACAUACUGCUAGACAAGAACCUCAAGGCCAGGAAAAUCAACAACAGCAAAGUCCAUCAAGAUCUUCCAGCCAUAAAGAAAAUAUACCAAAUAUUCAAGGUAACUUGAUAAAUCGUAAUAGCUUGAAGGAUAGUUUAAAUGGAUCAAACAGAAACAGUUUGAAGGAGAGUUUAAAUGGGUCAAAUAGAAAUAGUCUUAAAGACAGUAUCAAUGGAUCGAAUCGUAACAGUUUGAAGGACAAUUUGAGUAAUCGAACGAGCGUGGGAUCUAAUCGUAGUAGUCUCGAUAUAUCAACCAGCUCAUACAAUACACUUAUUAUUCAUAAUGCUAAUGAUGAAAAUGGCUGGUCACCAUCUGGACGUUUGUCUAGUAUCGUUCGCGAGCAUGCCGGCGAUGUGGGUUAUUUGUAUAGUGAAGGGGGAGGUGGUGGCAAAGGUCACUCAAAUAGUCCGACAAUGCAAUCCUUAACGAGUUUACCGCAUGACGAACGUUUUUACGACCAGCCGAACAAUGGAUGUCAAGAAAUUAACGAUAUUCCUGAUGAUUAUCUUAAUCAGUCUCAGGUUUUGAAACAUCUUGCGAAAGAAGUUAAGCCGUACUCUAAGCUACAGAGUGGUGGAAAUAAUUUAGAAAUAAGAAUGCGCGAUGUCGAUAGAGCUAAACAAAUAAAUAAUGAGUUCAAUGAUCGUUCCCAGUCGUCUUAUACGUCGAUACUGAUGCCUGCGAAAAGUAAACACAGAUUACUAGGACCUACGGAAAAAUUAACAUUGUCAAGAUCACAACCGGAUUUAUCACGAAUUGACAAACUAGAUUUCGAUGGCUAUGAUUCACCUGCGACAUCUCCACGGCCUCAAACGAAAGGCAGAGAGGAAGUUGAGAUAGCAACUGGUGAAAUUUGGCCCCCAUCUGAAAUGGUCCAAAUAAUUAUUCAAGAGAACAGUGCCCUGAAGCUUCAACUAGAGCGAUGUUACAGUCAAGUUGCUAAAUCACAAAAAUUAGAGCAAGAAAUAUCAAAAGUUCAUCGUGCACACGAAGAGUUGGCUGCAUCAUGUGAGCGACGUGAAAAACUUGAACGUGCGGCUCGUCUCAGGCUUCAAAACGACUGUCGUCGGUUGACUGAAUUAAAUCGUGCUUUAAGAGAUCAAAUUGAUUUAAUGUCUUCACGAUCUGAUAAUCCACCGAUCGUUGAGUCCAUGCGUAAAGAAUUGACGCAGAGAGAACUAUUGAUUGGACAACUUAUUACUCAAAAUAAAGAGUUAGCGGCCUCCAAGGAGAGACAGGAAAUAGAAUUAGCAGCACAGCGGGCAACUUUGCAAGAGCAACGAACGCAUAUUGACAUUUUAGAUACCGCAUUAACAAACGCCCAAGGGAAUGUUGUGCGCUUAGAAGAAGAAUGCCGUAAAAAACAAAUUUAUGUAGAGCGUGUGGGUCAGCUACAACGCGCAUUAUCGUCAUUACAAGCUUCAAGUGACAGACGUGAAGAGACUGAGCGACAUUUACGCGGUCAACUUGAACGCGAAUUACGUGAAGGUGGUAAUGGAGUUAAUGGCCACGAGCAUUCAUCGAACGGAGAGACAAUAACUGAAUUAAAGAGACGACUACGCGAGCGAGAUGAAAAAAUAAUGUCGCUUGAAGGUGACGUUGCUAAAUGGGAGCAACGAUAUUUGGAGGAAAGUGCGUUACGUCAAGCAGCCAUUGACGCAGCAAGUCUUCCCAAGGAUGCUAAAAUAGCAGCUUUGGAGAAGACAAGUCAAGACGCUGAAAAAAUGAUCGCUGAAGCGAGAUCUGAAAAAAUGCGUCACAUGGAUGAAGUUCAUGCCGCUCAGAAAAAAUUAGCUGACCUUGAAUCUCGAAUGAAAGAUCUAGAGUCAAAGCUAGCUGAGCGCGAUGCAAUGAUACGUGUCCUCCAGAAGCAUACAUACGACAAAGACAGUAGCAGCAGCAGUGGAAUGGGCAGUUAUCCAGCAGUACAUUCCUCUCAUUCAAGCACGUCUGCGGAUCACACUGGACUAACAGGCACUCCUGAAUUAGUUUCACGUAUGUCAUCAGUGAGCAGUGUGCUGGGUGGGACCAGUGGCUACGGCAGUACUGGAACAUCCUACGGCGUUACUGACAGCUACAAGUAUCGUAAGCAAGGUAGUUUUGAACAAACAAACAAGAGCCUUGAUGAUCAGCUCAAAGAACUUGAUUCCCAGCUACUCAGUAAGCGGGCACUUUGCUGUUUUCCAGGAUUCUCUAAUCCAGGCACUGCGUCGCGAAAAGGAAAAAUAUCCAAACCACUAUUGGCAGGCGUAGAUCAUAGCACUGGUAGUUCCAGUACCGCUUCAAGUAAGAGCCGUCUGUUGGACGACUCUGGGGGUGAACCAACUGUUGCUGGUGUUGGUGUUGGUGUCGGUAGUGGUGGUGGUGUUGGUGGUGGUGCUGGUGGAGGAGUAGGAGUAGGAGUAGGAGUUGGAGGAGGAGGAGGAGGAUUGAUUGAAUUUACUAGCUCAACAUCUGCGAGAUACAACAAACAACCUAACAAUGUUGUCGCUGUAUCGUCACGUUUGUCUGACGGUAAACCUGAGGAUAUGAUGUUACUAGAGAAGCAGGGCAGAAGUUCACAGAGACAGCGUAUGCAGGAAGGCGAGCCUCGUAGAGCCGGCAGUCUGCCACCAAGUUCAUUGCCACGUCCACCACGUGCUUUGAAAUCAAGUGGAAAUUCACGUUACUGUCGAUUGAGUGAUACUGAGACACGAAAAAAAUCCGAUCCUGGACCCAGUGUCAUCGACACCAUAAAAACGGCACGUGACUCGGGAAAUUGUACUCUAGAGUAUGGAAGAUUUGACAGCAGCAAAGGAUUUAGACGCAAAAAAUCAGUUGCUGAUGCUUUUGUGCCAAACACUUUGAAGAAACCGUCCAGUGGUGAAUACGAACGACUGGGUGAUGUUGACAGAAAGAAGACGAUACUUGGUGGUGGUGGGAGUGGUGGUGGGGAUGUCAAACAUCGUGAGACUCAAGGACGUUCGUUGAUACCACCCCCUUCAAGACGCAUCGUGGGUGACUAUGGAAGAUUGAGUGACGGUGAUGCCAAAGCUACACUGAGAAAACAAACUGGCGGUUUAUCAGCACGUGGAUUGAGUACUGGCAGUAUGGUCAGCAGCAAAAGCGGUGGACGUGACUCUGGUGGGACUGCCAGUAGCGAAGCAUCCACAUCUUCGUUACCACCUACUAAAGCUAGAUCUAUACCGCGACCAAGUAAUUACCGUAUACAAUUUUAAUUUUAUCCGUGAGCUUCUUUGAUGUUUUUAAUCAUUUGAUAUGUGAUUAUUAUUAUUAUUAAUAUUAAUAUUAAUUUUAUAUAAGAAUGUGGAUUAAGAUAAUAAGAAGGGAAUAGAUUUAAUCGUCAGGCUGUUAUAUAAAAUCUGUAAUUUGUUUAAAUUUUUUAGUCUGGAAUCUCGAGUACGCCAUAAUAAUUUUUAGUAUUUUUUUUCCAUAUAAUUAUUUUUUAAUUAUAAUUUCGAUAACUAAAAAAGCGCUCCGUUAAGUCCAUCACAAGUCAUAAUAAUUAUAAUUUGACAAUAUAUAUAUAUAUAACACAUAUUUAUGUUAAUAAUUAUAAAAACUAGUCAUUACCAAAGUAAUAAUCAUUUUUAUGCACAAUGAAAAUUAAUUUUUUUAUUUGUAAAUUUAUCUUCCAUAAAAUAUUGAAUAUUUAAUUAAUUAAUCAGUAAGGUUUUAAUUAAAAAACAAAGUUUUGUAACAGUGCCUUUUUUUGAAUGCCUUUACAAUUGGUCAGUACAACUGUCAAUUUUGUGCCUUUAUACAUAAUUAUUGAUAUUGAGUAUUUACAACAAACGAAAAUUUAAAAUAAAAAUAAAAUAAUGAUCUUAUAGUGUAGGGUUUCAUAAGACUGAGAAAAUGGAUAUUGACGCAAUUAAAUAAAUUUUUUUUUUUACUUUUAAUUUGCUCUACUUGUCAUACAUGAACAAAAUAUUAUAUUGGGUAGCGAGAGAUGAAUCAAGCCGACUUUAGACGCAAGUAAGCCUUCAUCCCGCCACUCAUAUUUUUCAUAAUUACUUGCAUUGAAAUUUGAAGUUCCAAUGCCUGUCAGUCGUAAUUUGGAUCUAAAUUCUAACCGCUGAAAAUGAUACUGAAGUUAGCCGACGUCUAAUAAUUUUUAGAUUUUUUUAAAAAGAAAAAUUAUAAAAAAAAAGAAUUCAAAAAAUUGCACUUACAGUUUUUUUAGUUUUCUACAUGUGCAUAUUUUUAGUUUAGUUUUUUUUAAAUUGAUUUGUUGCAAAAAAAAAAUCAAAAAAUUUUCAAUUGUCUGUUGACUUCAGGAUCAUCCGCUGAAAUAAAUUCGGAAACUAAUUUUUCACUAGACUUUUAGUCACAGGUCAGAAAUGUGAUAGUAAAGUUAUGAUACUGAAGUUAACAGACGUCUAAUAAUUUUUGGAUAUUUUUUUUUAGACGAUAAACCAUAAAAAAAAAAAUAUUUGAAAAAAUUGCACCUGUAGUUUUUUUAAUUUUCUACAUGUGCAUAUUUUUAGUUUUCGUUUUUUUGUAACUGAUUUGGUGAAAAAAAAAUCCGAAAAUUUCUAAUUGACUGCUAACUUCAGGAUCAUAGUAAAGUUAGCAGACAUUUGAAACUAAAAAAAAUUUUUUUUAACAGAUAAAUAAUGAAAAAAAAACUAUUUCUAAAAAAUGCGCAUGUCGGAAAUUUCAUAAAUUAUAUGUGCAAUUUUUCAAAAUGUUUUUCUUAAUAUUUAUUUUUUUGUUAAAAAAAAAUCAAAAAAUUUUUAAAUGUCUGCUAACUUUAUUGUCAUAUCAGAAAUUGGCUCAUUUCGAUUGAUUUAACAGGCAUUAAAACUUUUAGUUUCAGUGCAGAUAAUGCGAGAAAAAAAUAUAAUAAUUAAAAUAAUUCUACCAAAUUGAAACAAAAAGUCGACGUGGUAAAUUUGACUGUACACCAAAGGUCGAUCCUUUUCUUAUUAUUUUAUUUAUCCUAUUUCAUAAAUAUAUAUAUAUAUAUAUAUAUAUUAAAUAAUGCAACCAAGUGAUUAGUUUAAUGAUAGUUAAUAAUUAUUUUAAUCAAUCAAUAUUUAUUUGUGCUUGUGUUUAUAAAUUAAAAAAAAAAUCUAACGUCGAUAGAUCUAAAAAAAUAAUGGAGUGUUUUAGUUAGUCAGGAUAUUUAAUGUUCAAUAAGCUGUAAAAUUAUUUAUAAAGAAUAAUUUUUUUUCGAUUGUGAUGUAGAUUAGACUUAGAUCUAAAUUUCUCGCUUAGUAUAACAAUUUUUGUGUGUAUGUGUGAAAGUAAGAAUCAGCUAUUUACUAUAUUGUAUAGCAAUGCGUACUGAUCUUUGAUGAUUUUAUCUUGCAUUGAUUUUUUUUUUACAAUCAUAAUAGUCGUGAAUUAUUAAUAUUUGAUUCAAUUAAAUAUUUUUUAUAAAAAAAAAAAUUGUAUGCAAGAAUACCAAAAUCUUUUUCAUUAGUCACCAAAGAUAUUUAUUAAUAUUUUCUCGUUAAUUGUACGUUGUAACCAAAUAUUUUAAAAAAUUUAAUAUUUUGCGUAUUACAUGUAUAAUUAAGCGACGAAAAAAAAGAAAGAAAUUGCGAUGAUUGUUUUUUAAAAACGUUUGCUCUCUAUUUUUUAUAAAGCCCUAUUGGUAAUUUAUUAUUAUUUUUAUUAUUGUAUUUAUUUUUUAUUUAUUAAAUUUUUUUGGCUAGAAAAUAGACAGUAAGCAAACUGUUAAAAUUGAAUGUAUAAAAUGUCAUGACAAUUGUAACUGUAGUAAUUAAUGUGUAUGAUGUAUUUUAAGCCUUUCUACUAACAAAGUAAUAAAGUACCAAUGUAUUGUUUUUGUUCAUUGAAAAAAAAAAAAAAAAGCUUUUAAAAAAUUACAUUCGUAGUUAUGAUGUAAAGGAAUUGUAUGAAAUACAAAAAAAAUUGUUGUGAAAAAUAUUUC